AUGGCUUCUACAUUCUCUGAAAUACCAAAGAGCUCAGGGGGGGCCGCAGAUAUAACUAUUGCAGGGGAAAUUGGUACCGCACCUUAUAAGCCCGACCUCAAGCAAGGAAGUGUGAGGAGACGACCAUACAAUCAACCAGAAACCGACGGGUUCAAGCUGGCUGAGUCACAGCCACCUGGUUCUACCCUCGUAAUGCCUGAAAUAAACGAACCCACCAGUAUUCAAAAGCGGCUAGGAACGGGAUCCCCAGACUUCUAA